AUGAGGAGGUCGCUCCCUGAGUCCAUGUCACAGAGCUCGAGUCGCUUGUCGGGGAGUUUUAUAACUUCUAGUUCAAGCUCUUCGCGGAAGCAAGUCACUUGGAGAGAGCCAACCAAGCCCAAGAACUCGCCCUUUCCCGCCGCCCGCCGGAAAGUCCACUCGACCCUCGAUUACUUGAAAGAUAGACUGAGGCAAGUCGAGUCCGAACGAAAGAUUGGAGCCUUGUUCAAGCGUCGCCAAACAAGAGACCAUAGGCCUCUCCAAGGGAUUCUCAAACCCCCUACUGCUCACUUUCCGGAGUAUCAGACCGAUUCGUACUUUGAUUGGACCGAAUUCCACGAUGAGGUUAUUGUAUAUGCGACCGAUACCCUGGCUCCACCUGCGGUCGACACUCCUUCCGACAUAACCGAGGAUACACCCACGGAAAGUGGCACUUCUACACCCCCUGAGCCUAUCUCGCUCUGUGAUUCGUGGGAGACGAGCUCGGAGUACUGGUCGGACCAGUGGGACGAAACACCUAGACUUCCUAAUCAAUGGAUCCCUCAACUUGAUUACUUCGUGGAAUCAGGCCUAGAAUUCAAAUCAGGAUCAGAGAUAUCGGAGGCGACAAAGCCGGUUGGUUCGUUCUAUCAACCGGUCGAGGUUAUCCAGAGUCCAGCAGAAUUCGUUGAGGAAUUAACCUCCUCGUUGCAGUAUGGGCUUAUCAUUUGUGGUCUGGGGCUUAUGGCGUUCUUGUUCUUGGCCCUGUGGACAAUACUGCUCAUAACAUGCGGCAUGGUAGUUGCCUCUAUCUUUCCUGUCGUUCUUGCCACAUAUGGAUUCAUGCUCUUGUUUACUCGGACCAAGUGUUCGGUCGAAUGGCUCCUCAUGACAACACUCAAGGUCUGGGCAGGGCUCACGUUGGGUAUCGGGAUCACAUUGGCCGGUAUCGUGGACUACAUUGGAGACAAGGUUUUUGCAUUGUGCCAUAAACCAGCCGCCAUCCUACCCACCAUCAUACUCCUCUGUACACUUUCGAUAGUGCUGGUUCCCGAGCUAUCAGGUAACAACAAUCUAUCUACUGUCUCAGUAAACGGUAGUUUGUGA